AUGCGAUAUCUUGAUUGCUAUUCGGAUCUGCAUGUCCCAGCCCUCCGAUUGUCAAAAUUGCAGAAAUUUCGCCAUCUUUGUUCUGUAAGCCGUUCUUUAACGAAUAUCGAACUGUUUCUCAAAAAUAAAUAUACGCAUUUUUUAAUGCUCAAAAUUUUCCAUGUCGCAACAAUUUGUCUUAGAUUCGGAGGUUUUGAGGAAUUCAAGCGUCACAACGCUUCACCGGAUGGGACGUUAACGGCUGGAAGGAAACUAUUUUGCGGCAUGGGUACGCACAAUCACGCCAUACUUUAUAUUCCUUUUCGCCUAGGUGCCGGUGUCUGUGAGGCAAUUCUGGUGGUCACACCAAUGGAGACUGUCAAGGUCAAAUUCAUUAACGACCAGGUUUCCGCUAAUCCACAUUAUCGGGGAUUCUUUCAUGGCGUCCGGGCCAUUUCAAAGGAGUAUGGACUCGGCGGUUUGUAUAAGGGUGUCACGCCCACGAUCUUCAAACAGGGCACAAAUCAGGCCAUACGCUUCUUCGUUAUGGAGACAAUGAAGGAGCUUUACCGGGGCUACCGCGGCGACACCACAGCAAAUCAACCGGUCCCGAAGCUGGUAACAGGGCUGUUCGGUAUAUUGGCUGGCGCCGCUUCAGUCUACGGCAACACUCCAUUGGAUGUGGUAAAAACCAGAAUGCAGGUGAGGAGAUUCAUGUCUUUAUAUGAGUUCACUUUCCUCAUCUAUUUCUACUUCUUACUAUUGCUGCUCGCUCUAUGGUCUACUUUGAUAUCCAGUGUUUUAGCUUGUUGUUGUCGUUGCUAUUUCUGGUUCGGAGUCAAUCCUGAAUUUUAA